AUGGCAGCGAAGGUGUUUCUUCUAUUUUUUUCAGCGCGAACAAAUACGUGUGUUGAUACGUUAACACUUGGUAUGCGGAAUAAUGCGACAAUAGGUGGUUUAGGAUACAAACAUCGAUCAGGUCAUGUAUGUGCUGGAACCACUGGUUCCUGCGAUGUAUUCGAGAAAUGUCGAGCAGUUGAUGCUGAUGGACCAUUAACACGACUGAAAAAUACGUUAUUAAACGAAGAAAAUAUUAGAACAUUCACACAAUCAGUUAAAGUAAGAAAAACUGGUUGUUUAUUUGAAAUAACACAUAUAAAAAGAAGUCUCACGUAUUGACAUUCUUUGACUUUUUUACGUUUUUCCUAAAACUAAACACGUUUAAUAUAAUUGGAAACAUUUUUGUAAAAUCGUUUUACAUAAAAAGUGACCUUUCAAUACUUCACGGUAUCAUUAACAGGCUAAUAUGACUGAAGAAUUUAGAAGAGAGAUGAUUAUCUAUACUAGUUGAAACAGGGAAGAACGAAAGCAUUAGAAAAACUUAAAAUAGAAAAAUAUCUGGUAUAGAAUUGAGUGACUGUUUUCGUUCUCUCCUAUUUCAAUUAGUAUAGACAAUCAUCUCUCCUCUAAGUCAACAGUCAUAUCAGCCUGAUGAUCACAUUGAAGUAUCGAAAGCUCGCUUUUUAUGUAAAAUGAUUUUAUAAAAAUGUUUUUCAAUUAUAUAAGAAGUCUUACAUAUGAAGAAAGAACUAACGUGCGUAGAUUUAGUUUAGAAUAUGUAUCGUGUUAAAUGCCUAUAUUAACAGAAAGUCCAUUUCCUUUCUUAGUGGACUUGUUUCACAGACUUUAUGUCCACUUACUUGUUGUAACAUAAUUUGUAAUUAUUUUAGGAAUAUUGGUGGGCAUUUUCUCUUGGUUUAUUAGGUG